UGUCUCUAGUGCUGAGCGAGUUGGUAAGACAAUCGCGGCUGCUGGCUUUUUUAUUUUAUGCCACUGCCGCCCACAGCAACGCGUUGGGCGUCCUGCACACCCGUGUCUUUCUUUUCUUCAGAUAUCAUGGAACGUAUUUUCUGACUCUCAAUCAGUACAGCCUUGAGCUAGCCUUGAGCCCGCCCUCAUCAUGUUUAAGGAGAACCCGAGUCUUAUCCAGGGUCCCAUAGCAGACCCACGCGCAGGCCUCGAAACAGUCGGCAUUACGUCCACCGACUCUCCCACGCCACUGGUCCUCAUCCAUGACGGCGGCGGCACUACAUUUGGCUACUACUGUCUUGGCGACCUGUACCGGCCAGUAUACGGCAUUGCCAACCCGCAUUAUGGCACCGACGAGCGCUGGGAGGGCGGCAUUCACGAGAUGGCCAGCUACUACCUCAAGCUGAUAAAGACGGUCAUCCCGCCCGGAAGCAAGGUCAUCAUCGGCGGCUGGUCGCUCGGCGGCCUGCUGUCACUCGAGGUGUCGCGUCUCGUCUUGGCCGAGGCGGGAAGACGCGGCGCGCUCGACCUGCUCGGCAUCAUCAUGAUCGACUCGGUUUGCCCGCUCAGCCUCCUGUCUGCCGGCGACGUCCGAGUCGUGCUGCACGUUGUGGAGUGGAACGAGAAUACGCGGCAGGAGACUCGCGACGCCGUCAUGCGCUGCUUUUCCGAGGCGUACAGAAUGCUGGGUGCCUGGAAGCUGCCCACGUGGCGGGACGACGGCGGCCAGAACGGCGCGGGCAAUGGGCACAAUGGCACCUCGCCAACAACGCCUUCGACGACUGCGGGCUCCCUGCCUCCCCCUCCGCCACCUACGAUCCUGCUCCGCGCCCAGGAAAGAGUCCCCGUCGCCGAGCCCGGCGGCGUUGCCCGUGUCGACGUGUGUCGCAACGACCGCCAGCUCGGCUGGGACCAGCACCACCGCGACCUGAUCAAGCAGGUGCACGAUAUCCCGGGCCACCACUACAACAUAUUCUCGACGGAUGAGAAUCUGGACGCUGUCACGGAUAUGAUCAAGAAGGCGUGUUUUGAGCUCGAGGCUAUGCGCGGAUGAGGGUGCAUCCCGCUCGGGAGCUUAAAGGUAAUUAGCAAGACUCUUUAGCGUUUUACGUCAUUGAAAUUCACUCAUGUUAUUCGUAUAAAGUAUUAAAGCAGAGGUUAUGGCCGGUUUAACGCAUCUUGGUGGUACGGCAAUCUGGAGCAGGAGUGGGAGAUCGGAUUGGUUAUGCAUUAUUGCAUUGGACGGAAGGGAUGCAGCUUUCUUGGAGUGGCUUGCUCGGAUGAUAUUGAUUCAACAGUAUAGACGUGUACAUGUGUACAUGCGCAGUAUCGGAAAUAGACACAUGAACUAGCGUAGUAGGUACUCGAAUGCAGAAGAUGGAUAGAGGGAAUGAUGGAGAGUCUCAGCAGAAUACCAAUACCAUAGGUCCGGUAUAGAAUGCCAAAGCCCUAUUUCAA